AUGGACCCGCCCCUAAAGUCGACGGCUCAAAAGCUAGCAGCGAUCUCCGAGAGGACUGCAGGAACGACGCCUUGCAACUUUGGAAACCCAAGAUCCAUUAUAGAGACUAUCUCGCAAGGAAGGAAAGAUGACUCAGCCACCGAAUGGCCCCCAAACGUCAAGCUCUCCAAGAAGAAUGCUUAUUCCCCUUCGGUGGUGAAAGCAGCCGAGAGGGAGUAUAACCUGCAUCUUGACUCGCGCUCGGCGCACGACCCGGAACCAGAGUUCCGGUGCUGGCUGAAUUUGAGGUCCAUGGGAGACUCACUCACUGGGAGGGAAUGUUGCUGGCUACACUUUACCUCAACUGGCCGUGCUGCCGACCGGCGCUAUCUCGCUGUGCGGUUGUCUCUCCCACCUCCCACCUCCCACCUCAAGGUUUACGCCCGGAAAUUGGCCACUGAUUCCAUGGACAACAAGAACCAGUCUAGUGGCUUGGGUCUCAAUAAUGAGGUCCCCACCCGAGCAAUUUCUCAGAGUAGCCGACAGGAGCCGGCCAACUGGAUCUGGGAAGUGAACUAG